ACACAGUGCAGCCACAUCUGAUAGAACAACAGCAUGUCACUCCACAGCCUCGGUGUGCAAGCCGUCCUUCUCAUAAGCAUCCUGUCUGUCUGCUCACCCUCAGGUGGUUCAUCCGAGAGAAGACUUCACAGGAUCCUCAUGAAACAAGAUGCAAAGGAGCUGGAAGCCAAGCCUAAAGCACAGAUCGCAGUGUCGCAGUCCAAGGCUAAACAGUUUCUGUCAGCUCUUCACAGGACUAAGAGAAACGUGUGGGACCGAAGCCGUCCCGACGUCCAGCAGUGGAUCCAGCAAUUCAUGAACAUGGGCUAUGAUGAGGCAAGACUUGAGACUGAUCUUUCCUAUUGGAUGGACCAGGCCAGAUCAAAUGACCAGGGCCGGCAGCAUCAUCAUGAUGAGAAUGCACCUAUGAGCCAACAGGACCCUGGCUCCUACAGACACGGGGCCAAUGUCAAUUACGAUUACUAUUAAACCACCUUAUCAACUAUCUUGAACCUUACAUUCGCUGUGAGAAUUGGAGACUAUUGGUAGACUGGUGCUCUAGUCUAAGGCAAUGUACAUACUACACAACCUAAUGUCCCGUAUAUGAUGUGCAAUUUUUUUUUAAAUCAAGUG